GGCCGCGUUAUCUGUGUUUGCUGUCAAAUUACUUUGACAUGGAAUGGACAUGUAAUUUCAUUGAUUUGAUUUUUUUAUGCAUCUUUUAUUGAUUGAGUGUUGUGAUUUUAUGAAUUGCAGAAAUGAAACUUAUUGUAAUCAAUAUAUGAAAUAGCAAUCUUGCUAAUUUAGACCCCUUUUAUGUAUUACGUUCUUGCCUGUGUGAAUAAUGUGAAUAGACCCCCUGCGUGGUGAUGACAGUUCGCACUUGGUUCAUACUGCUCGAUUAGAUAAGCUAGCAGCUGUAGCCAGCAGCAGCUUCCGAUCACAGUAGCUGUAGUUGCAUGGGGUCUACUAGUUCUGUCUGUAAGAGAUGUGAUACGAAACGAGACCCGCUUAGAUUGUAUACUUUAAACUAAAUGCAGAGUAUGACUUUAUAGAUAACUUCAUCUUAUAUUGGAAAUAAUGUAAUUUUGUUUUAAACAUCAAUAAUAAGUCAAAAUGAAUGAUGACUAUUCACAUUUGGAUACUACACUCAUUUACAUUACUGAAAGUAUACCAGGCCCACCUACAGAUUCACCUGAAUAUAAAAUAUUGGUUAAAAAUUUUAACUCCCAGGUUACACUAGAAUGUAACUGUGCAGAUAUAUGUGACCACGAGUCUUGUGAUUGCAACAAAAGUCCUGGAGGAGGUAAUUACAUUAAGCACCCAAUAACCUACAAAAUGGUACUUAAUCAAUGCAAAAUGACUUGCACUGAUACUACUUCCAUCAUAGAAUGCAACAGCAUGUGUUCCUGUCAAGAUAAAUGUGGUAAUCGUGUUGUUCAAAAUGGACCAGUUGCAGGUUUGUAUGUUAAAAGUUGUGAGAGCAUGGAAAAGGGUCUAGGCCUUUUCACAAAAGACCAUAUACCUGCAGGCAGUUUUAUAUGUGAAUAUGCAGGAGAAAUUAUCACAAAAGAUCAAGCUGCUCUUAGACAAGGCUAUAAUGCUUUAAAUGGGAAAAUGAAUUAUGUGUUUUGUUUAAAUGAGCAUUGUGAUACUAAUUCUUUUCAAACAUUUGUGGAUCCAAGUUUUAUUGGUAACAUUGGUCGCUAUAUUAACCACAGCUGUGAUCCUAACUGUGUUAUUAUCCCAGUGAGAGUAAAUACACCUAUACCAAAGCUAGCAAUAUUUGCUUUGAAGGAUAUCGUUCCACAAUCAGAAAUAACUUUUAGAUAUGGUUCAGAUAAUUCUAAGGACUUUGUUUUUCUUACGAAAGUAGGAAGAAAGAAAUGUUGUUGUAAUAGCCCAAAAUGCAGUGGAUGGAUGCCAUAUGAAGUGUAUUGAUGUUCAUAUAAAUUGAUUGUAAUGGUGUUCUAUUUUAUAAUUAUUUACAAAU